AUUACUUUCAGAACUGCAGCAAACAAGAGAAAGGCUUAAACUUUGCAACAAUGGAAGCUUACGAGAACGAAUCGAAGAAGGGGUUCUGGAAUGCGGAGGAAGACUCGGUUCUAACUAAUUACGUGAAAAAGCAUGGAACUGGGAAGUGGAACCGGAUUCCUAAAGUGACAGGGUUGAAGAGAAGCGGCAAAAGUUGCAGACUGAGAUGGAUGAAUUAUCUGACUCCCGAUGUUAAGCGUGGAGAUUUCUCAGAAGAAGAAGAAGACCUUGUUGUUCGGCUUCACAGUCUCCUUGGAAAUAGGUGGUCUUUGAUUGCGGGGAGGAUUCCGGGGAGAACAGACAACCAGGUGAAGAACUUUUGGAACACUCAUUUAAGCAAGAAGCUUGGUGUUGAUAAGAAGAGAAAGAGAAAAGCUUGUGUGACUGCAAAAUAUAUCCCUGGAGUUGAAGCUGAGGGUGAUUGCAACAGUGCAUCAUCAAUGGAGAGGAGUGGCGAAGGUGAGAAGCUUGUCCAUGAAUGUUGGAGUGAUGAUCUGAUGGAGUUGGGAAACAUGCAUGAAGGGAUUAUGAGAGAUGAUUUUGGAUGUAGCUUUUCUUUUCCUAACAGUGUGUUCGAUCUGUGCACUUCUCCUUACUGCACUCAAUCUUUUCACCACUCUUUCUUUGCCCUUUGAUUCGCUUCUAUGGAAAA